UUUACUCUAGCUGGUUUUGUGUCAUAAUUGACUUGUCAUACUUGUAAUCUAGACUAGCAAUAUGUUAAGCAUUACAAAUGGUUUCAAUGUUGAAUUACUAUUAUUCCAGUACCCCCGAUGUAAUCUAAACUAAUUAGUAUGUUAUUUGGGUGUAACAACUAAAAUUCUAUUUGGAGAUUCUUGUAUACAUAAUAGACAUACCUAGGAGAUUCUUCCAUAAUAAGCUUGUUUAGGAGAUUCUUGUAUAGAAGGUUUGUUUAAGAGAUUCUUGCAUAAUAGGCUUGUUAAGGAGAUUCUUGCUGAUAAAAAGGCUUGUUUAGGAGGUGCACAAGUGACCAUCUAUGGCAGAAGCUCUUGAAACGGAAAUGGGGUGAAGCCAUUGGUGAUGUUGCUUACAGAGAAUGGCAAUCUCAGAUUCCUUCACAGAGGGCUCUUCAAUUCUUGCAUUUCACUAAAAAAAUAAGCAAAUUCUUGCCCUUCUCAACCCUUUUCAGGUCUAGGUCUAAAUCAGAGAUGAAGGAUAAAAAAAAUACUUCUUUACCACAUAACUCACUCAUGUCUUGCUAUCUCGCUCUUGAAAGUGGAAAAUUCUGGUUUCCAGCUCAGGUUUUCAACAGAGAGGUAAAUUGGAAUGGGCAUGUGGGAUUUAUGCUUUCGUGUUAUGACACACAAUUAAGCUAUGGUUCAAUCUCAGACAAUUUUGUUGCUAGAUAUAAAAACCUUCUGUACAAGAAUCUCCUAAGUACUCUUGCUGUACAUGGAUCUAUUGAGUGAUGUUGACAUGGACAGAGUUAGUUUCGUAAGGUGUUGUAUGGGCAUAUUGGUUUAUGGUAGUUUUUUUUUUUUUUUUAAAUGUUAUUUUUGUUUUCUUUUGACUUUAGAUAGAACUAUUGUACUUAGCAUUUUGAUUAUCUUCGGAUAAGAAUUUUAUUACAAUGUUUAUUUUAGUACAAUGUUUGGAUGAUUAAUUAUUUAUAUAAUAUAUGUUUUAGAUUGUA